CUGGUAAGUGCACGUUUAAGUCCGUUUUCGAGCCAUUCGUCAUCAGUUCACGACUUCACCCCAGAAAAAGGCUCGUCGCAUUAUCGAAUAAACAACGAGGCGUUGGUACUUAGCUCAAACCAAGUCUCUAUUUUGACGCCUCACGGUGUAUCGGCCAGCAUCGAUGAGUCGGACAUCCCGUUCCGUCAAGAAGCAAGUGGAAAGAGAUACUACUUCCAUGCAAAGUGCAACGAUGGCGAACAACGACUCCCUUUCGUGGAACAAUGCCUAAAAGUUGCGCGGGCCAUAGUUCUUUCACCAUCACUCAGGCUUGUCAGUACAAGCGAGAUCGAUCUACAAAAGCACGGAUCGAAAUUUGGAAUGCCAUCAAAAACUCACGCAACACUAGUUGUGCUCGAAGUUUGCGGCGAUCCGGAUGUUCUGGAACAGUUGAUGAGCGACGGAGGUUUCGAGAAAGUCCCGGAACAUGAGGAGUCAACCUUCGCCGUUGCCCUCGCUGCUGUCAGUCAGAUCAUGCUUUCUUAG